CGAAUCCUCACAGAGGUCUUCGAGGUGGUCGAUCAAACCGCUCGUAAGGUUCUUCUGUAGGGUGGCCACCUUACGUUCAUAAUCGUUUUAUCGAUCAAUCGCCAACGAAUGGAAGCAACGAACGCGCUUUAAGAAGUAGCCAUUCCUUAACCCGGGUACGCCGCACCACAACCAAGCUCAUUCAGAUAUGCUUCAGUUGUAGUGUUUUGUUUGGCAAGAGUGAAGGAGCAGUCGUGCAGAAGUUCUGCACCGUUCAACUACCAGUGACAAUAAAACCUAGUUGCUCAACUCAAGUGUAAAAGUGCUCUACGACUAAAUCGCCAGCCCCAAACUCUCUUGCGCAUUGUGUUCGUGCAGUGAAAAUUCAAAUCGAUCGUGUGUAUGUGUGAUCUAGAGAAGAAAAAUCGAAAAAAGGGCUUUACGGUCGUCCCUCCCUGUUAACAGUGGUAAUUUGAAGCAACAAAUCGAAACAUUCGGAUCGGAUUGUUGCUUCUCUCUCGAGCAGCAGCAGCAGCAGCUCGAGUUAGUGCUGUCCAGUCGCUGUAUCUAAUGAGCGAAAGUGAACCAAACACGCCGAACAACAACAGGCACAGUAACCAACGGCCGUUUGGUGGUGUAGUGUCGUCCGAGUGAAACCCCGUCGGAAGGGAAGGGCGAAUACCUUUUUCCCGCCGAGGUGCGCGGACGAUGAUAAUGGUGCCAGCGAAACGGUGGCAGCGCGCAUGCGUUGCGUGUCUUAUCGGUACUAUACUCGUCUUUUGUCAAACCGUACCGCUCGCCACUGGGCAGGAACAUGUUGUCUCGUCGGUACAAACCCGCAACACAACUCCAAAGACGGCUGGGGUGCAACUCAAUACGCAGCGAGCAGCAACAGAUGCAUUGACCGAACCCGCACCGUUCGGCGAGGAUAGUUCCACAUCGGAAAGUAGCAUACAUUCCGCCGAGGAUGGUACCAACUAUGAUGCCUCACUGUCGGAGCACGAUUUCACUUCGUCCGAUAGUUCCGGUUCGUUGGAGGUGAAGGAUGGAAGAAGCCUGGAAAGUGUGGAGGAUCUUCAGCAGAGCCCUACCAGCACCGUUAGCAUCAGUGAGGAAGAGCUAGGAACGACCCAGCAGGAUGGUUCUUUUCACACGGAAUCACAGAUCGAUCACUCAAUCACUAGCACUACCACUACAACUACCGCAGCCACGUCGAUAGCUACUAGUGAGGAGGCGAGUGCCGAGAGCACCGAAUCAAACUGUACCGAUCGACCGUUUAUAGACAUGUCUCGGAGUAAGAACCCUCACCAACAGUCCUAUCGCCAUCAGCGUCGGAAGUACCCGCAGAUGGUACGCGUCGUACGGAAGCAACGUACAUCGGACGGAGCGGACGUACGGCUGCACAGUGCUCGUAGCGGUGCAGGACAGGAAAUGCACCCGAUGGGCGAUGAGCAUGAGCAGGACGUCGAGCUGUACGCUGCCCAGUACGGCUAUCGGAUCUAUCGGCUGGCAGGCGAUCUGAUGCUAACGUUCAUUGUUGAGACGGAUGAUUUUGGUGCUACGCUGUUCGCGAUCGAUCGCAUCAAUGAUCUUCGGUUGGUGGCCGGUGGACGGACCAAUACCAGCAUAGGUGUGAACAUAAUCCAUCUUCUCAAUACCUCGCUCAGCCAACGCACGCUCCAGCAAGAGGUAAACCUACUCAAAGAAUGCUCAACAAACACCAUCGGAAUCUUCGUCAGUCCACGGCUGUGGGCCUCUGUGCGUCUCCUCUCAGAAACGCUGGAUUACAACAUUUUCCCCCUUCCAUCGACGCACGACCUGCUGUUCACUAAAGCCGCCCAUCUACUGUACGAACUGCCCUGGACGAACGGAAACUCGUCCGUGAUGGUUUACUCCGGCUCGAACGAACUAUCGACCCGGUUCAGCACGAUCUGCCGCCAUGAGCAUCUGUGUCUGGAGAACUAUCCCAGCAGUGACACCAUCUACAUACUGCUUGGACUGGAACCGGCCAUCAGCUUUGCCAUGAACGGUACGCUGGUGCUGGUGCUUACCGGAAACGAUCGGCUCUAUCUACCUGAUCUUCCAAACGGAGCGUACGUGAUAGCGGAAACAGAACUGAACGUUGCCUCGCUCGGACAUUCCUGGGAGCGGUACGGCACCAGCAUUCACGGUUCGGAACUGCUCGCCGCUGGCAGCCUGCUGUUGGAGGUGAUUGAUCUCCUGAACCGGACCGGUACCGAUUGCCGUAACGCAAGCAUCGAGUGUAUGAACAAUUGGAAGUAUCAUGCGAAACGAUCAACACCGGAGAUACUGAACCUUCUGCAGCUCAAGAAUGCGACACAGUCGAUCAAGUUCGAGUUGCGGCAGAAGCGAGCUGUUGAUGCAACUUCCAGUGUUGCAAACCGUACGGCGACGGAUGAGCAUGCGGACGUUGACAACCAGCUAAAGCUGAUCGCUAGCUCGAAUGCCAUCACCAACUACACGACCGUCUACGAGCGGCUGGCGACGAAUGCGGACACACCCUCAAAGUUGGGCACGGUUUUCUACUGUGCGAAGGAGUUUGAAAUUCGUCAUCCGGACUUUAUCGAACGGCAUCAUCGGCCCGUGUACUACGGUGGUGGUGUGCCGGAUGCCGAGGAGUACGGUGACAUGUACUGGCAGAUCAAGAUGGAGGCAUGGGUGGCGGCCGGUCUUACCGUCUCCUCGUUAGGCAUACUGCUCUGUGCGGCGAUCCUGAUUUUCUUGAUCGUGCGCGUCUGCAUGGACGACAUCCUGGAGGGACAUCCGCUGGGCAGCAUCCUGCUGCUGGUGAGCUUGAUCCUGCAGUUUGCCGCCUUCAUCCCGUUCAGCCUCGAGUACACGGGCUACACGGCGGAUCUGGCGGGCCACCGGACGGACGCGAUGCUCACCUGGAAUGCGCACUGCACGGUUAAGAUCUUCCUCGUGUCGAUGUGCUACUGCAUGACGUUCUCGUUGCUGCUGUGCCGUGCGAUCAUGCUCGCCUCGAUCGGUAGCGAAGGCGGCUUCCUGUCGCACAUUAACGGCUACAUUCAGAGCGUUAUCUGCGGGUUCAGCACGCUGGUACAGCUCGGACUCUCCACGCAGCUCGUGAUCGUACUGCACGCGAACGCGCACAGCAUCUCCUGCGGGGAGAUCUACUACGGCCACUGGUUCUGGGCGGUGAUAGCGUACGAUGGAGUGUUGCUCGUGUCGCUCAUCUUCUUGGCGCCAUUCAUUUUCCGCUCGCAGCGCAACUACCGGGAGGGAUUGCUGCUCGUGACGGGCUCGGUGCUGUGUUUGGUCAUAUGGACGGUGUGGAUACCGCUGUGCAUGUUCGGGUACGAAUGGCGUGAAGCUGCCAUCUCGCUCGGUUUGGUUGCCACUGCGCUCGCGGUGCUGGUUGGCAUCAUGAUACCGCGAUGCUUCCUGAUGGUGCGCAGCAUCGCACGGUCGGAUCUGGUGCAGGCACUACCUUCGCUCACCUCGCUGGCCUUUGCUCAAGCAAAUCAAUUCAUAUCGGAUCAGAGCGUAUAUGAAUGCGUGAAUCCGGCCAUGCGUCAGCGAUCACCUACGGACGAUAGCUUCGUAAUGGAUCAGGACCUGGACGAGGCGUACUCAGCGAACAGUGAAAUUCCAACACUCCCACUAAGGGGACAGCGACGGUUGCGACAGGAAAAUGGAACCAUAACCAUGAGCACUAGCAACGGCACAAUUGGUGGCCACCAUGGCAAUGGUGGUACGCUCAUUUCACCGAUGGAUCGUCCGGUUGGUGGUGGCGGUGGUGGUAACGUUACCCACAUAGCACCGAACUUCUACGGCAUCUCCAACCCGUACAGCUGUACCGAUUCGCUAACGUCCAUCUCUCCCAACAAGAUUACCCGGUUCUAGAUGCUGCGCUACAUCCGGCCAUGAAACGAUUGCUGUCCGAGCGAUCGGGAGACAUUCGUUCGCAAAUAUUCAAUCACCGCGGUGCAUACCUACAUUCUAGUCAAAGGCAUCCAUGCUGUGCGUCCGUGCAAGCGGAUGUUUCCUGUGUGCGUUUGUGUGUGUGUCUCUUUUUUAACUUUUCACGUGACAGACAAUGGUUAUACCCACGUACUGAGGACACUGAUUUCCACUAGUUUUAUCUAGUAGCGAGGCUUAAGUUAAGUACUAUUUAUUGUGUAAUAAACACGAAACGAAGACAGAUGGAGCGAUAGA